AUGGUCAAGAGAAAGAGCGAGGAUGCGCAGCUGAGCACCCGUGCCACCAACGGAAAAACUGCCAGAUUCGCAGAAGCAGCCAAGCCCACCAAGUCUGCAAAAAAGUCGACAUCGACAAAGCCAACAAAAGCUACCACCACAUCUGCCGUCGCAACAAAGGAUCCCACGUCCGAAUCUCUCUCUAUCCAGAUUGUCACCGGAUCCUACGAGAGAGUGCUUCACGGCUUCGCUGCCACCGUCUCUGAGCACCUUCUCAAAGCCGAGCCGUCAGAGGAAGAGCAAAAGGACCCCACAUACUCGGAUACCUUCUUGUUUGCCGCCCACUCGAGCGCUGUCCGCUGUCUGGGCCUCUCAGCGCCCACCGAGGCCCACAAGCGAGUACUUGCUACCGGCAGCACCGAUGAGCGCAUCAAUCUCUACAAUCUUUCCACCUCCCCACCCCUUGUCAGCGAUAAACCUCAACUUCCUAGUCUGUCGACUUCCAGCAUCAUCGAGAAUCCCCGAAACAAAGAACUCGGCAGUCUACUACACCAUGCGCGUAGCGUGAACAAGCUACAGUUCCCUACCCGAGGCAAGCUCUUCAGUGCAGCCGACGACAACACUGUUGCCAUUUCAAGAACCCGCGACUGGACUGUACUAUCAACAAUCAAAUGUCCCAUUCCCAAGGCCGUUGGACGGCCCAGUGGUGACACUGCUGGACCAGGCGAGGUACCCACCGGUGUCAAUGACUUUGCCAUCCACCCUAGCAUGAAGGUCAUGGUUACUGUCGGCAAGGGAGAAAGAUGUAUGAGGUUGUGGAAUCUGGUGACAGGCAAGAAGGCUGGAGUCUUGAACUUUGACAAGAGUUUGUUGCAGGCUGCAGGCGAAGGCAGAUACAGCAGCGGCGAAGGGAGAAAGCUGGCGUGGGGCGAGGACGGUGAGGAGUAUGUUGUUGGCUUUGAGAGGGGAGCAGUGGUUUACGGCAUGGAUUCAAUGCCCAAAGCCAUCAUCCGACCUUCACCACCCACCAAACUUCACCAGAUGCGCAUCGUGCCCGCCGGUGAUGACCACAGCAUUCUGGCAAUCUCGACCGAGGACGGCAGAAUCAUCUUCUACGACCUGAAGACGACGGUUGAAAGCGAAAAGGAGGAUGAGGAAGUACCGCAGUGCGCGGCAUUGGGACAGCUGGGAGGCAACCAGGCAGGAUUCAGCGGUAGGAUAAAGGACUUUGAGGUGUUGCAACACAAGGCCGGGGCACCUCUGAUCUUCAUAACGGGCAGCAGCGAUGGCGCAGUCAGGCUGUGGAGAUGCAAUAUUUCGGAGAUUCUGGGAGACGCUCGGGAACAAGCAAAGGGAGCGGUGCGUCAAGUUGCCACGUCGAUAGGGACGCAUGAGACAGGGCACCGCAUCACAUGCCUGGUUGCAUUCGUCAUGGAUGGCCCGGCGGAGGUGGCAGACGAUGGAGAGGAUGAAGCACAGGAGGUGGCAGGCAGCGAUAGCGACGACGAAUAG